AUGGACGAUUCAUGGGACGUCUCAAAAGCAGUCCGCACAUUCGAUGCCUUCCCCAAAGCGUCCCAUCACUACGUAACCCACUCCUCCCGAGGAGGAAUCAUGACGAUCAUCUGGACCCUCCUCACACUCUACCUAGCUUUUCACGAGCUCUCAUCAUGGUUCGACGGCCAGGAAGAACAUCAAUUCAGCGUCGCGAGGGAAAUCGGAGACAUGAUGCAGAUUAACAUCGACAUGACUGUCGCGAUGCCGUGUGAUGUGAUUCAGGUUAAUGUGCAAAGUGCGACCGGUGAUCGCGUUCUCGCACAAAACGCUUUAACCCUCGAAGGGACAACCUUCGACACCUCCUCCGCCCACCUUCUCACUACAACAACCCCCCACUCCCCCCCCUCCCUCCCCUCAAUCCUCCGUGCGUCAAAAAAACACACCUUCCCCUCCCGCAAACCCAUCAAAAACGCAGACGCCUGCAGAAUCUACGGCUCCCUCGACGUCGACAAAGUCCAAGGGGACCUCCACAUAACCGCCGUCGGCCAUGGAUACCAAACCCAAGGCCCCCACCAACCCCAGCACCUCGCACACGAUAAAAUGAAUUUCUCGCAUGUGAUUGAUGAGUUGAGUUUUGGUGCUUUUUACCCGAGGCUCGAGAAUCCGCUCGAUAUGACCGCGAGUGUCACCGAAGAACAUUGGCAAACCUUCAAAUACUUCCUCUCAAUCGUCCCAACAACAUACAUCUCAUCCCUCCCCCCCUCCCACGCCAUCACGACGAACCAAUACGCCGUAACCUCCCAAUCCCGUCCCUCCCCCUCCUCCCACUCCUCGGGCAAACCACCCGGUAUCUUCUUCCAAUACGAUAUCGAACCACUCGAGCUCACGGUGCGUGAUAAGAGAGCGGGGUUGGGAUCGUUUUUGGUGAGGGUUGCGGGGAUACUGGGGGGGUGUUUUGUUUGCGCUGAGUGGGGGUUGAAGGGGGUUGAUGUUGUGCUGAGGGGGGUGUUGGGGAGGGGGAGGGGUAGGGGAGUGGGGGAGGCGGGGGAGGGCGAGGGGUUGUUGAGUCCGGUGGAGGGGAAGGAAUAUUUUUGA